AUGUCCACCAUGAUUGCUCCAUUUCCUGCCAACAACUUCCUGUUCCACCCACUGAAACCUCAUACUCAAGUGAUGUUUACCUCUCCGAACAUUUCCUUCUGCAACAUGUACACUAUAAAGAACAACAUCACAGCGUAUAUGAACCACACCACCAAGCCCUUAUUCAGCCUUCAGCCUUAUGCUCACAAUGAGGUUGCUGAUGUUAAAGCUGAGGUGAAAGGGUCCAAUGUAGGAUUCGCAGCCUCUGGGUCGUCUGACAGUGCCAGAGUGUUUGCCAAAGCAGAGCUGGUCAGAGCUUCAGCCUCUAAAGGUCCGGCAAAGGCUAAAGUCGCUCUGGCAGCAGACACCGGCUAUGAAAUUAGCCCGACUCAAUUCCCCAGCAGAACUGUGGACUCACCAGACCACACCCCAUCCAGUAGCCGCAAGGAGGUGACCCUCUCAUUCCGCGGUGAGAACGCCAACACUGUGGUGCUCAGCUGGGGUCUCGUGAGUAUCCCCACCCCUGCCCAGCAGCAGGAGUUUGGUUCCAGAGCUGGUGCUGUGCAUAGAGUACACAAUCAUGAGGUGAUGAGGAUAGUGAUUGUGGGAAAGACUGGAAUUGGAAAGAGUGCCACUGGAAACACCAUCCUGGGAAAAAAGUGCUUUGAAUCAAAAUGCAGUGCUCAGUCUAUGACUGAAUACUGUUCUAAGGUCACUGCUGUGGUGCACGGACAACAGGUUGCUGUUAUCGACACCCCCGGCCUGUGUGACACCAGACACAGCAAGGAUAAAACAACUAAAGACAUAAGCCAGUGCAUCUCUUAUGCUGCUCCUGGACCCCAUGUCUUCCUGGUGGUCAUUGGGAUAGGAAGAUUCACAGAGGAAGAAAUGAAUACAGUGCAGAGGAUUCAAGAAAUCUUUGGCCAAGCUGCAGACAAAUACAGCAUGGUGCUCUUCACUCGUGGUGAUGACCUUGACGAUACUAUUGAAAAGUUCUUGGAUGAAAGUCCAGACCUGCAGGAACUCGUAGCCAGAUGUAACGGCCAGUACCAUGUCUUCAAAAACAAGGUGAAGGAUGAUGCUCAGGUCACCGAGCUGCUCAAGAAGAUCAGAGAUAUAGUCCAGAAGAACGGAGGAAGCCACUACACCAACGAGAUGUUCCAAGAGGCCGAGAGGGCAGUCGAGGCAGAGAAACAACGCAUCCUCAAAGAGAAAGAAGAACAAAUACGCAGAGAACAAGAGGAACUGGAGAAAAAACAACAGGAAAAACUUGAAAAAGAGAUGAAGAAAUUGCUUGCCUUAUUUGAGGCUGAGAGAGAGAGGGAGAGGAAACAGAGAGAGGAGGAGAGGAAGAGAGAGAGGGAGGAGAUGGAAGAGCAGAGGAAGAGGGAGAGUAAACAGAGAGAGGAGGAGAGGAAGAGAGAGAGGGAGGAGAUGGAAGAGCAGAGGAAGAGGGAGAAGCAGAGGAAGAGGGAGAAGGAGGAGCUUGAGGAGGAGAGAAAGAGGGAGAAGGAGGCGACUGAGGCAGAGAGGAAAAGGGAGAGGGAGGAGAGGAAGAGGGAGAAGGAGGAGAUGAAGAGGAGAGAAAAAGAAGAGAAAGAAAGGGAGUUGAAGAAGAUAAAGGAAUUACAGGAAAAGCUUGAAAGAGAAAACAAAGAGGAAAGAGAAAGGUUUCAGCAAAAGCAUGAAGCUGAGUCCAGACAGGAAGCUGAGAGGUCUAAUCUACUGUAUAAUCUGGGUAAAAUUGUCCGCAAUGUUGGAGAGUUUUUUAAGAGCUUAUUCUAA